AUGAACCGUGCAAAGACCUACGAUGAAAAUGUCCAUACAAUCGCUGAGUUAGAAGAGCUCGCAACCGCACAGCUACUGCCAAUGACUCGAGGCUACUAUAAUGGUGGAGCCAUGGAGCUAGUGACGCUAAAAGAAAACAAAACUGCUUUUGACAAGUAUAAGUUUCGGCCUCGUGUGUUGGUGGAUGUUACCCAUGUUGAUACUUCGACUACUUGCUUGGGUGCAAAAUCAGCAUUUCCCUUGGGAAUAGCGCCCUCAGCUUGCCAUGGUUUGGCACAUCCAAUUGCAGAGAUUGGGACUUCAAGGGCAGCAGCGAAAAGUGGAGUACACAUGAUUUUAUCCUGUUGGUCUAAUACUCCAUCCAAAGAUGUUAUCGAGGAAGGGAAAGGUAGUUCAAUUGCGUAUGGUCAACAGGUGAACGUGCUAAGUGACGAAGAAACCAACUUGAACAUCAUCAGGGAACCUGAAGAAACUGGAUAUAACGCUCUUUUUCUUACUGUUGAUACUCGUUGGCGAGGAAGAAGAAUCAAUGAAAUGAAGAACAAGUUUGAACUUCCCGAGCACUUAAGCUUCCCCAGUUUCCCCUGGAUGGGCGAAAAGAAUACUGCUGGGCUGGAAGAGUUCCCUUAUGGGGAUUAG